AUGACCUCUACUGUCAGCGCAAAACCUGUCUCAUGGAAAGGCAAGGGGAAGGCCACCAACUCAGAAGCCGACUUCUACGACCUCAACCCCAUGAUCACUUAUCGGCUGCUACACUCACGGAACCUCGGCGUAAAAGACCCAUUGCGCGUUAUAGCAUUAUGCGAUAGCGAUGCAUUCUACGCAGCGUGCGAGCAGAUCCGCCUUGGGAUCGAUCCUUCGCGGCCUCUGGUAGUCCAGCAGUGGGAUUCCCUCAUCGCCGUGAACUAUCCUGCACGGAAGUUUGGAAUCACGAGAAUGGAGAAGAUCAAAGAGGCGAAGAAGAAGUGCCCGGAGCUAGUCGUGGUGCAUGUUGCGACCUACAAGGAAGGGGAGAAGGAGCCCGGAUACUGGGAGAAUCCCGAUACGUCGACGCAUAAAGUAUCAUUGGAUCACUACAGACGAGAAAGCAUGAAGGUCAUCCGCAUGUUUCAAGAAGGCCUGCCUUCUGGUGAGAUCGAGAAGGCUUCCAUAGACGAGGCGUUCAUCGACUUUACUCGACCGGUUCGGGAAGAAAUUCUUCGACGAUACCCCUAUCUUUCACAAGUACCUGCAGACGCACCGAACGGCGCGGAUAGUCCUCUUCCGCCGCCACCGCCUAUCAUGUGGGACGGUCUAGGGACGGUAUUACCUGUGAACGCGCCAUCGCCAGUGAAUUCUGUGAUAGCUGUGGACGCUCCAGGCGACCAAGGCAUCUCUUAUGACGAUAGUGAAGGCAUCGACAACGGCGAUGACUCAACAACCUGGCAUGAUGUUGCACUCGCCAUCGCUGCUGAGCUGAUGGGCAAGAUUCGCCACGACAUCCACAUGAAAGUGGGGUACACGACGUCCGCGGGCAUCGCGAGGAAUAAGUUUCUAGCCAAGCUUACCGCAUCAUACAAGAAGCCUAACAGCCAGAGCAUCCUGCGCAACGCAGCAAUUCCGAAUUACCUCAGGCCCUUGCCAUUCCAGAAGAUUCGAUUUCUCGGAGGAAAGCUGGGGAAAGCUAUUGCCGAAGAGUACGAAGCGUCUACUGUCGGUGACUUGUUGAGCAUUUCUCUAGGCCAGUUGAUGCAACGCAAAUUCGGAGAAGAGUCUAUCUGGGUUUAUGAAAUCCUCCGGGGUAUAGAUCGGUCCGAAGUCAAGGAAAAGUCGGCCGUCAACAAGAGUAUGAUGGCAUCGAAGAACCUUCCCAACCCAAUCAUGAAGGCGUCGCAGGGUCCCCACUGGAUCAGAGUGCUUGCAGCGGAGUUGGCGCUACGCCUGCGCGAGGCCAGGGAAGAGAUGCCUGCGCUAUGGCCAAAGACGCUGGUGCUACAUGCCCGACAGAGCUAUGACGCGUCGCGGUCAAAGCAGGCUGCGUUCCCAUUCACACGCGAUGCAUCCGUCGACGUGAUCGCAUCUGCAGGAGAUAAGCUCUGGAAGGAGCUGGUCGGCACUGAUAACUCCCGGACGACGCCUUUGAAGAUCACGAAUGUCGCCCUCGGGUUUACGGGGGUCGGGGUUAUGGAGGUUGGACAGCGCAGCAUCGAUGCCUUCCUCAAGCCACCUUCGACGUCGAAGGAGGCCCAGGGUACGGACACCCCUGUCAAACGCAAGAGGGACUCGCACGAUGAUGCACAGGACGCCAGGCGGGACCUUGUACGGCGCAAGAGUGGCAGCGACGGCGAAGCUGUCCCUGACCGUGCCACAUACUUCGUGUGCAACGAAUGUGGCAAGCGCAUAUCCCUUCCCGGAGACUUGGUGGGUGAUGGACUGGAACAGGUGAUCGUGAAAGAGGCGCUCGAGGCGUUGCGCGUGGAACAUACCGACUUUCAUUAUGCUCAGGAGCUUUCCAAGGAGCUCGGCGACUCCGUGGGCUCCCCUCGCAAGUUUCGACCGUCUUCUGGCGAACAAACACAACCAGGGACGAAGAAGAGGAAACCAAAACAAUCCGGUGGCAUAGCCAAGUUCUUCGCUGCAAAGUAG